GCACCACUUCACUAAUCAUCAUCAAUCAGCUGACAGAUAAACUCCGCGCUCACGAGUACGUCAUCAACUUCCUCAAAAAGAUGAGUCUUUGGGAACAGCUAAAUCUAGUAACCAUAAGGGACACAUGAAUGUUGACAAGACAUGUGAUGUGUGAACACGCGGAAAAAGUACAGGCCGCCAUUGCAUUACGCCAAUUACAUGGGGAGUUUACUGGUAUAGUAGAUGCAGCCGUAAAGAAAGUGUUGGAGAUGAGACGGGACGUCAACAUUUCCCUAAACCUGACCCCACAGGAUUUAUUUUACAGAGAGGUGUCAAGGAUACAGGAAGUAGUCGAGUGUUUGUUGGCGUACCAGGAGGAAGUUCUGAUGGCUGAUGUCACAGUAACAGAGAUUCUCACGGUCAUUACGUCAGUCAACACAAUAUUACAGGUAAGUAACAUAGGAAAUGUUACACAAAGCCCUACAGUAUCGUCAGACCAAAUCUACAACGUAUGAAUGUGAGGCCCCUCAAGGGGACAUCCCAGAAUACAUACCCUGGAC